CUAAAUUUCUUUGGAUUCAUUUUCUGUACCAAAACACGGCUGAACACGGCCAACAAUUUUGGGGUUCAUGAACAUAGUUCUGAGUUCUGACCUUACAUGGCUUGUAAGGAUUGCGUUCUGUAUUGGUGAUAUAUUCUCCAUUUUGAACUAUAGCUACCUGCUGUAGAAGUGUUCCUCUUCCUUCAAAAAUUCAAAUCAAAAUCUGGUCUCCAAUUGUUUUUAUACGCGGUCGCAGAGGUUUCUUGUAUUUUGUUGGCUGAGGAGGAAGAAGAAAGGGCGGAUUUCAGGUAGAAUUUAGGAGAAAGGGAUGGCCGAGGUGAUCCUCUAUGUAUACGACGUGACGAAUAGCGACAGUGAAAAGACUAACAACACGAUUAUGCAGAUCAACAAGCUCCUCAAAGAUGGAAUUGGUCUUGGCGGUAUCUUCCACAGCGCCGUUCAGGUUUAUGGAGAAGAGGAAUGGUCGUUUGGGUACUGUGAACAUGGCACUGGAGUAUUCAGCUGUCCAUCUACGAAGAAUCCAAUGUACACUUACCGUGAAACCAUUAAAAUGGGGACUACAGCCUUGUCUAUCUACAAGGUUAAUCAGAUUCUGCGGGAGCUUAGUCAAGAGUGGCCUGGGCACUCGUAUGAUUUGCUAUCGAAAAAUUGCAACCAUUUCUGUAACAAAUUCUGUGAAAGACUUGGCGUGCAAAAGCUUCCUGGUUGGGUUAACAGGUUUGCACACGCUGGCGACACAGCUGUGGAGAUUGCAGAGAACACUGCCCACCGACUGAGACAAGCUAAAACCGAAAUUGUAUCAGCGAGCAAGGUGGCCUACCAGUUUGUAGCCGGACUUGCAUCAAAGAAUUCUGCUGUUUCUCCAGAAUCUACCGGAAACUCGGUCAAGGGAAGCCCACGGUUCCAAGCGUCGUGGUUCAAGAAUCUCAUUGCAAAUGGCGCCAAGCCUUCUAGUAGUUCAGAACUCAAAAAUCAGGACAAAGUCGGAACAACGGAUAAACAACAACAAAACCGUGCAAAUGCACAUCCACACUUUGACUUGUGACUGGACAUUUCCCCGGCAAUAUCCAUGAACUCUGAAGGAUCGUCUUCGUAAGACCUCUGGCUAUUUAUUUCUUGUGAUUAUUGCUUAAUGUUCUAAAGAUAGUGUUGUUCGUUUGUGAAUUUGUUCACCAGUGUUAAAAAACAAAUUGCAAAUAGUUGUUAUUGAUUCUUUUACCCAGAACUACAUGAUCUUUUGUUUAAGAUGGUUGUGAGCUAUCCUA